UGAUCUUAAAUUAAAUCCGAAUCCGAUUCCAAUUAAAUAAACUCAAAUAAUCAAACUUUAACCGAAAUCUAUUCAAAUAAGUUGCUCGCGAGAACCUCAACUUGGCGGUAGCCACACAUUAAAGGAUUCGAAAAGGAUUCGAAGUAAAAGAGUGAACGAGGGCAAGAAAAAAAAGGUUGUAUGUUGAUGGAAAGGAGGAAAAAGGUUAAAAAGGACAAACUAACCGACUAAACCGAUACCUUUAAAAGGCCGCCUUUGAUAGUUUUGUCAAACCCCCAAAUCUUGAAAUUCCCUGCAAUUUCGACGCCUCUGUUUCGCUAACUCUUUAACCCCCUUCAUCCACCUUUCUCUCUCUCUCUCUCCUCCUCCUCUACGAUUUGCAGGAAAAAUUCUUUUUCUUCCGCUUUCAGUGAUCUGAGAUACCAUGUCCAACAGGAGGGAGAAAGAAGGCGUAAAAGAGAGACACGCUGGUGGUGGAGGCUGUGGAUUGCCCUGUGAAAACGCUAGUACUGGUAGACUUACACGUUCUGGAAGAUCAUCUAAUAUUACAACAAGAAAAUGCUCUACCUCUACUGUUCCUUGCAGUACAAUUGAAAUUAAGAAGCCAGAUAAAUCUUCAGAGGCUGCUAGAAAGCCUACUAAGGCCCGUGUAUCUGUGACUGAAUCCACGAAAUCUGGAGCAGUUACAGUGCCCCUUGGUGUCUCGAGAGUGAGAGCGUCACAAGCAACUGCAAAUUUUGCCACAAAUGUGUCUCCAGAAGUUAAGCGCAUCGCUGCUACUGAAGCUGCAAAUGAGCCCCCAGCAGUUAAGCGCACUGCUGGUAUUGUUGCUGCAAAUGCAUCUCCAGCAGUUAAGUGCACUGCUGCUACUGUUGCACAGAGCAAAGCAAGAGCAGGCAGACAAGAAAGAGCUCAGGUGACUAGGACUCCUGUUUCUGAAGAACAGCCCAAUCCCUAUCUACCGGAUAACAAGACAAAAGAAAAAACUCUACGCCCUCAUCAAAUUUGGAAGGAGAAAUCUCAACCUGAGUCCACAAGUAGGAAGGAGUUCUCAGCAAGAAAACAGCAAUUGCAAAUUUCGAUUGACAACUCAAUGCAGUCCACUCAAAAAACUAAUUCUAACCGUCACACUAACAAGUCAAAGAUGCCUGCAAUUCAAAAGCAGGUUUCAAGAAAGGAACCUCUACGUAGAGUUCAAUCUUCUAAAGGGAAGCAGGUUGAACACAGAGUUUCUACUAGCUCAUCGGAUUUGGAAUCAGAGAGUUAUCUUGAACAUCAUAUAGUAUGGAAUGGUCUUGGUGAAUCUGGUAACCUAAUAGGAGUAUGUUGCUGCCUAUGUGAGGAGGAUCUGGGGGUUGCACCAUAUGAAGUUGAGAGUGAGUGUGAUUACGGGUUCUCCGCAAUACCAAUUGUAGCCAUCCUUCCUUGUGGUCAUGCCUUCCAUAGUCACUGCCUAUGGCUUGGUGAACUUGAAGGACCAGGAGAGCCACCUUGUAUAUUUUGUGAAAGUUUUGCGUCUUCUUGAGUAGGGAUCACUUGCACCAUUUUUGUAAAUCUCGGUACAGCUUGUUAUAUAGUGUUGGAAGAGUUUGUGCAAGACUGCAAGUGCUUCGAAGUUUUGCUGUGCAUACCCAAAACUUGUACAGAUGAUUAACUGCUUGAGUUAAAGAUGUUCGGCUUCCUUUGGUUCAAGCAGAUUACUUGUUUUGGAAAAAGCUAUUAUUGAAUUUCUUCAA